AUGCUCUCUGGCAUCGCCCACGACCCGAUCCAGCGUGACAUGUUCACUCCCCUCUUCCUCGGAGCUUCGCUCUACGUUCCCACCGCCGACGACAUUGGUACCCCCGGCCGCCUCGCCGAGUGGAUGGACGACAACGAGGUCACCGUCACUCACCUCACGCCCGCCAUGGGUCAGCUCCUGUCCGCCCAGGCGACCCGCCAGAUCCCGUCGCUCAAGAACGCCUUCUUCGUCGGUGACGUUCUUACCAAGCGUGACUGCACCCGUCUCCAGUCGCUUGCCAAGAACGUCUGCAUCAUCAACAUGUACGGUACGACCGAGACGCAGCGUGCCGUCUCGUACUUUGCCAUCCCCUCUGUCAACGAGGACCAGACCUUCCUGUCCACCCAGAAGGACCUCAUGCCCGCUGGACAGGGUAUGAUCGACGUCCAGCUUCUCGUCGUCAACCGCACCGACCGCAACGUCCCCUGCGCCGUCGGUGAGAUGGGUGAGAUCUACGUCCGCUCCGGUGGUCUUGCCGAGGGCUACCUCGACCCGGCUGCUACCGCCGAGAAGUUUGUCACCAACUGGUUCACCGAGGGCGUUGAGCGCGAGGACACUCUCGUUCAGUCCAACCCCGAGGCCGCCAAGUACUGGUUCGGCAUCCGCGACCGCAUGUACCGCUCCGGUGACCUUGGUCGCUACCUCCCCGACGGCCGCGUCGAGUGCACUGGCCGUGCCGACGACCAGAUCAAGAUCCGUGGCUUCCGUAUCGAGCUCGGAGAGAUUGAUACCCACCUGUCGCGCCACCCUCUCGUUCGUGAGAACGUCACCCUUGUCCGUCGUGACAAGGACGAGGAGAAGGUCCUCGUCUCGUACUUUGUUCCUAACGACGUUCCCGAGGUUGCCAACCUUGCCUCCGCGUCCGAGGGUGACGCUCCGGAGGACGACGAGGUCGAUCUCAAGCAGGAGAUGAUCCGCGAAGAAGCUCCCCUCGUACGCCGUCCCGGCCGUCUACUUCCCGCUCCGCAAGCUGCCCCUCAACCCCAACGGCAAGAUCGACAAGCCCGCCCUCCCCUUCCCGGACACUGCGCUCGCCGCCGCUCCGUCCAAGAGCUCCUCGUCCAAGCUCACCCCCACCCAGCAGCGCAUCCACGACAUCUGGAAGUCGCUUCUUCCCUCGCCCCCGUCGUCGAUGAAAACUUCUUCGACCUUGGUGGCCACUCGAUCCUCGCCACCCGCCUCAUUUUCGAGAUCCGCAAGGCUUUCGUUGUCGACGCGCCCCUUGGACUCGUCUUCGAGAAGCCCACGAUCGAGCAGCUCGCUGCCGCCGUUGACGACCUUUCGAACGCUGGUCUCGACGCCCACGAGCCCGAGAACAAGGACAAGGUCGCCGAGGUCAACUAUGCCGACGACGUCGCUAUCCUCUCCAAGGAGCUGCCGGCCAAGUACGAGCCCCUUCCCGCCGACUUUGCCGCCAAGAAGCACACUGUCUUCCUCACCGGCGCUACCGGUUACCUCGGUGCCUUCAUUCUCGGCGACCUCCUCUCGCGCAACGCCGCCAAGGUCAUCUGUCUUGUCCGUGCCAAGACCGCAGAGGAUGGAAUCGCCCGUCUCCGUGACUCGGGCGAGGGCCGUGGUAUCUGGGAUGAGAAGUGGGUCACCGAGGGCCGCGUCGAGGCUGUUGUCGGUGACCUCGGCGACGACAAGUUCGGCCUGGACCAGGCUACCUACGACCGUGUCGCUGCCGAGGCCGAUGCCAUCAUCCACAACGGUGCCGUCGUGCACUGGGUCUACCCGUACGCCAAGAUGCGUGCCGCCAACGUCCUCUCGACGCUCACGUGUCUGCAGCUGUGCAACCAGACCAAGCCCAAGCUCUUCACGUUCAUCUCGUCGACCGCUGUUCUCGACAACGAGAACUUUGUCCGCAAGUCGGACGAGCUGCUCCAGGCCGGCAAGACUGGUAUCUCCGAGUCGGACGACCUCGAGGACGCCCGUGUCGGUCUCGACGCCGGUUACGGACAGAGCAAGUGGGUUGCUGAGAAGCUGAUCAUGGAGGCUGCCAAGCGCGGUCUCAGCGGCUGGAUCAUCCGUCCCUCUUAUAUCCUCGGCCACACCAAGACGGCCGUCACGAACACGGACGACUUCAUCUGGCGCAUGGUCAAGGGCUGUCUCCAGCUCGGCCUCAUCCCCGACAUCAACAACACGCUCAACAUGUGCCCCGUCGACCACGUCGCUCUCCUCGCGUCCAUUUCGACGCAGAGCGCCUCCCCCAACGGCCGCUUCAAGGUCGCGCAUGUCAGCGGCCACCCGCGCAUGCGUUUCAACGACCUCCUCGGUGCGCUCCAGACGUACGGCUACCCGGUCAACCGGGUCGAGUACGUGCAAUGGCGCACGCGGCUGGAGCAGCACGUCCUCGAGACGCAGGACAACGCGCUCUUCCCGCUUCUGCACUUCGUGCUCGACGACCUGCCCACGAGCACCAAGGCGGUCGAGCUCGACGACUCGAACGCCCAGGCACUCGCCCAGUCGGGCGGCGAGGCCGCCACCUCGGGUGUCUCCGAGGAGCUCGUCGGCCUCUACAUCGCCUGGCUCAUCCGCGCCGGCUUCAUGGAGGCCCCGCCCAGCGGCAAGGGCAAGGACCUCCCCGUUCUCCAGGGCGGUGUGUCCCGCGCCAUUGGCCGUACCACUGCUGGCCAGGCUUAA